AUGCAGACGUGCACCCCAAAAGGACUAGGAGCGCGCGAAACAACUAGAUUCUUUGUUCGAAAGCCCUUGACGGAGGAAGAAGAAAACGUCUUCUGGGUUACACAAGUAAAGCUCGCCGAGGAACAUGCUCGAAUCAGUCGCAGCAAACGCCCACAAACUCGAACAACUGCUGGCGACGAUCUCCACAAAAUCCGCGAUCUCCGUGAUUACAUCACGAAAACGGCCGCUGAUGUGAAAGGGGUGAAAUCCCUAAUUCACCACGAUACCAGUGCCGCGUCCAAGAUCGAUAGGCUCCUCGAUGAGGCUCCAAAGACUCCCUUCACUGCUCGAAUUACCGAGACCUUCGUCUCAGACCUUGGGAAAAUUAAGAUCCCUACCUAUGAUGGCACCACUGACCUUAAAUCACAUCUGCAGACCUUUCAGAUUGCCAUGGGAAGGGCAAAGCUAAAGGAAAACGAAAGAGACACCGGCCAUUGCCGCCUUUUCGUCGAAAUCUCAUUGGAGCAGCGCUCGAAUGAUAGGAAAACUUCCAACAUCGAUCUUUGUAGCCUAGCCCAGAAAGAAGACGAACCUCUCCGUGACUUCUUGAAUAGAUUCAAGCUCGUCAUGGCGAGAGUUAGCGGGAUAAGGGACAAGGUGGCAAUAGACGCACUCAGAAAGACGCUCUGGGCUACAGAUUACAUCUUCAUCGAAGAAGAGAUAAAAUUUCUGUCGCAAAAACAUAAGUCGACAAAAAUAUCCUCGAAAGAUGCGGCAUCAGACCAUAAGUCUAAAAAGAAGAACUCUCGUAACGACAAGUAUGUCCAUCACGAGGGGGGGAAACUUCAGGGGGCACAUAACUAUGCCAUAAACUCCAAACAAGGAAGGACGUCGGGAAAUACGUGGACUCGAAAUUUGGGUUACGAUGACUCCGUCUUCUGUGAGUUUCACCAGACACGAGGACACUCGACCGUGAACUGCAAAGUCUUCGGCGCGAGGCUAGCCGCGAAACUACUCGCUGAAGAAACCUCCAAAGUCAUCGGUAUCAAGGAUCUCAUCCACGAUUCCGAUCGCCCGCCAAAAACUGAUAAAACCCCAGAAAAUCCUUUUCAAGGAAAUCAGUCUGGCGAAAAGCGCGGAAGAAGGCAGAACGACAAUAAUCGUCGCAUAUUGAACAUGAUCAUCGGCGAGUGCAGUAAUGCCACGACACAGUGUUAUCCAUCAAGGUUUACCAGCAGAAAGCUGAAACAAGCGCGAGUCGGCCGACCGGGUCUCCAGCCUGCGACGUCCCAAAUAAUGCGAUCACCUUCGAGGAGGAAGAAACCGGCGGAAUCGACCAGCCCCAUUGCGACCCACUCUAUCGAUUUCAUAAUCAGAGAUCUCAAGGUCGCAAGGAUCCUCGUGUAUACGGGAAGCACGAAACCGCUGACCGGUUUUUCAGGCAUAACGUCGAUGACGCUCAGAUCGAUAAAACUCUCGAUGAUUGCGAAAGAAGUCACAAAAAUCAUUGACUUUGCGUUCGUCGACUAUCCGGCCGUCUACGACGUGAUCAUUGGAACGCCUUGGAUAAACACCAAGAAGGAAAUUCUGUUAACGUAUCACCUAUGCAUCAAAUUCCCGACUACCACACCUAGGCAUCAAAUUCCCGACUCCCAACGGAAUCGCGACAAUUUGGGGAUGCCCAAAACAAUCGCGACUUUUCUUCCUGGAAAAACACAAGCUACGACAAGUCACGACUGCUCAUAUCACAUCUGGAAACACUUCGGAAAAAGAUGA